AUGGCAUCAGAAUGCGCUGAUUACAUCUUCUACGGUGGAAGUAUUAUCACCAUGGAAGAAGGGAAGCCGUCAGUGGAGGCUUUGGCUGUUAAAGGAACAAUAAUUUUAGCAGUUGGAAAGCGUGACGAAGUGUUCGCUUUAGCUGGGCCAUUGACAGAGUUCGUGCAUCUAAACGAUCGGCAGACCCUUCUACCUGGUUUCAUUGAGCCUCAUAGUCAUGCUGUAUUGAUGGCCUCGUUAAAGACGGUAAGAAAGCCAAAGGCUUAAAUAUAACUUACUAUUAAACAGAGGGCUUUUAUUUGCAUGUCGUAUUCCACAGGUCAUGAUAACGGGUCAUUGUUUUGCUAAUUGGUAAAAGCCAUUGAUAAAGAAAACAAAGAAACAAACAAACGGAAGACUGCAUGGACGCUUGACUGUAAGAGACAACUUUAAAUUGUUAUUAAGGCCGAUACACACGAGGGGUUUUGCUCCUGGAGCAUGCUCCAGGCUCAUUUUGCACCGGUCAGUACACACUUAGGGAGCGUUUUUCAAGUUCGCUCAAUUUCUCCCGGGAUCCUUCUCCCAAAUAUUUAACCGGUUAAAUAUCGUGGAGCAUUUUGCGGGGUGGAAAUUCUGCUCCCGAGGAUGAAGUUUAUCCUUGAAAUCGUUUGUACAGGCGGAGGAGCUUUGUCCGGGAGCGUGCCCCUGGAACAUGCUCCGGCAGCAAAAUCCCUUGUAUGUAUUAGCCUGCGUAGCAUGGCGGUUUUGUCGAGCCGGGCGCACUAGCGGCGAAGCCGUGAGAAAAAUUUGCUCCAGCCCCAAUCUCCUCGCGGUUUCUCUGCCCUCGCCCGCCUUUAUUACUUAGCGCGCACAACCAAAACCGCCAUGCUACGCAGGCUAUGUGUGUAUCGGCCUUUAGGUCGCACAAGAAAGACAGCUCACAAACAUGGCAAAGCUAUCACGCGCAUAAAAAGAUGAUUAUUUUGAUCUUUUGAUUUUUGUUUUCUAGACAGCUUAGAACACUUAAUGAAUUACUAGUGGAAAAUUCUCUUCUUCUAAAAUUUCAAUAUUAGGGAGAUUUUCUUAAAGGGGCUGUGCCACGGCAGUCCAGUUCAUUUUGUUUAAUUUUGUCAAUUACUCGCCCUACGUUCGCCCUCAAUCGCUAUGGAACUUAAAGUAAACAAAGAAAUUAUAUGUAAAUGACAAAAUCAGAGAUCCGAGACGAACAAAUAUGUCUCCUGAGCAUUAUUUUUGAAUUUGCAAGUAGCAGGGAGCAACUUUGAAAAACUGUUAGGCUGAACAGUUUUCGAAAACCCUGAUUUUAAGGGUGUUACGAAAACUAAGACCCUCGAAAACUAAGACCUAAGACCUAAGACCCGUCUUAGUUUUCGAGAUUACGAAAACUAAGACCCCCUAAAAUCGAAUCUGUUGAAAUAUGAAGUCAAAUAGGUCCAAUCUGCCAAAUUAUCUUCUGUCCGAUUCUUUCCACCGAGUUUUAGGUCAAAUUUAACGCCAAAUUUAGGGGUCUUAGUUUUCGUAAUUUCGAAAACAAAGACCCGUCUUAGUCUUCGUUAUUACGAAAACUAGGACCCCCCACAAAACCAAUCCGUAAAAUAUAUAUGAAGUCGAAUUGCGACCUUUCAACUACGGUGGCCCAGAAGGGUCACACAUGCAAAUUAAAAAUGUUGCUGCAAAUUAAAAAUAGGACAUGCAAAUUAAAAAUUGUACAUGCAAACUAAAAAUAUUACAAACAUGAAACAUGAAUGGGCCGACGGCUGUAAGACCAGGUCGCACUGCUCGGACCAGGUCCUCAUCGCUCAUACUGCGCGCGCAGGACUUUUCAUUUUUAAUUUGCAUUGAUAUGUUUUCUAUCUUCAAUUUGCAGCACAAUUUUUAGCUUGCAUGUACUACAUUUAAUUUGCAGGUAAUAUUUUUAGUUUGCAUGUACAAAUUUUUAAUUUGCAUGUACUAUUUUUAAUUUGCAGCAACAUUUUUAAUUUGCAUGUGCGACCCUUCUGGGCCACCGUAAAAGAGGAUGAAAAGCCAUAGACUACCUGUGUAUAAUUGUACACUGAAAGUAUGCCUUAUCCCACGGAUUGGUCAAUAAUUUUGUUUUUUUAUCCAUAAAAAUCGUAAAAUUGGCUUUCCACGUGCUGGAUAUGGAUUUUUGCCUUCGUGUCUCCGCGACAAUGAUUGCGUUACCUAAAAAUCACCCAUCCAAGGAGCGUUUUGUUUUGAUUGCUUGUCAAGAGCCCAUUAUGGCUCUUGUUGUUUGUCUAUUUCAUUUUUUCUGAAACUAAAACGCAAAAUUUUCGAGAUGAUGCCUUGAUGGUACUGGAAAUUUGUUCAUUCAUUCAUUUUAUAUUUAAUAAGUGAUUUUAGCCAGUAUCCCUCACAGACUAUUUCCCCUGGCCCCUCUCCUACCCCUCAACUACCCUUAGAUUGUAACUUUUCAACUGGUUUCCGGGGAUCUCCGGGGUGGCAACGUUAAAAAAAAAAGAAAAAAAAAAUUCAUAAAAAACGUAAUAUAGCAUACACUCUUUUGAUACCAAUUUUUAAGAAAGCAUUUUUUGGGCUAUGGCCUGGCCAGAAAAGGAUAAAAACCCGUAUUUUUGUGUGAUGUUUAACCAAUAACGCCGUUGACCACUUGACGAUCGGAAUAUAUUCAGCCUGCAACGAAGGCAAAAAUCCAUCUCCAGUGGAAAACCAAUUUUACGAUUUUUAAGCAAAACAGCUAAAAUUAUAGACCAAUAGGCGGGGUAAGGCAUAUUUUCAGUGUACAAUUAUACACAGGUAAUUGCUUUCAUCCUCUUUUUUCUGCAAAUUAAGAAGAAGCCGCGGUUUGUCAGCACGCGGAUGAUAGUUUUGGUUGUUUUACGGAUUAUAGUCUUUGAACGGUCGUUUUUCCACUUCAUAUAUAUUUUACUGAUUGGUUUUGUGGGGGGGUCUUAGUUUUCGUAAUAACGAAAACUAAGGGGGGUCUUUGUUGUCGAAAUUACGAAAACUAAGAGCCCUAAAUUUAUCUUUAAAUUUGACCAAAAACUCGGUGGAAAGAAUCGGACAGAAGAUAAUUUGGCAGAUUAGAGCUAUUUUGGUUACAAUUUAACUUCAUAUUUCAACAGAUUCGAUUUUAGGGGGUCUUAGUUUUCGUGAUCUCGAAAACUAAGACGGGUCUUAGGUCUUAGCUCUUAGUUUUCGUAACACCCAAAUUUUAAUCCGUUUCAAUAUUCUUCAGCUUUGCCCAUCCGUGGCAUCUGUUGUUUCUGUUAUGUUAUUUUAACCUUAAUUCCUUUAAAGUUUUAAGCGGUCAUUUUUAUGUUUCUCUUAAUUUAACGGGCAUUUUGUAAUUUCUUAAUUUGGCUGAAUUUCGUGACACAGCUCCUUUAAGUAACCGACUGAUCGUUUCCAUAGUAAAAUGUAAUGGCCGCUGAUCGGGUAGUCGGCUACACGGCCGUUUUUAGUGUCGCACACAACGCUCCUCCCCUCAAAAUGCUUCGUUUAAAGUGGAGGUACACUUAGCUCUUCUAGUUGUAGUUUUGUUCACUAUACAUUGCACUUCACCUGCCUUGUCUCCAGUCGCUCGUGAUGACGUUUUUGGGGGAUAUUUGGGUUAAUUAUUAAGAAAAGCGGGGACGAAAGGAGUGAUGGCACUCUAUUCCACUAGACAAACAAAUAAUACAAAACAAUAUAACAUGAAAUUGCAUGACCGAAAAACUGAACACUUCUAGGCAAUCACCACUAACGGUCGUUCAUCGGCUAUUGCCGAACUUCAACUUCAACUGGUCGCAAUUUGAAAUGGGACGAUUUUGACAUUUUAGCCAGAGGAAAAUCAGAUACCCAUUGUAAAAUUAAGGAGACUCUUCUUAUUAGGGAAUUAAGACCAGCCCUAAAUGAAAAUAUAAGCAGCGAAAAGCUUUACUUAUACUAGUUUGCAUAAUUUCACGCAAAUUUUCUCAUCUGUCACAUUUAUUUGUCUUUUCCUUCCCGUUAAUUAGUUCCUUAUUUUCCUUUUUUUUAUUUAGUUAGUUAUUUAAAUUUAGUUACUAUACUCAUGUUAACGGUCACUUCUGAAGAUGUAUGUUGAAGCAUACAAAACGUCAAUUUCGAAAUUAUAAAAGUCAGUUAUACAAUUCGUUUGUUAUUUCUGAUGUUUGUAAGCGCAGUUUGUGUGUUAUUCCUUUUAAAACUGAGAUGGCCAAAAACCAAAAGCAUUUAUUACAGAAUAACAGGAAUGGCAGGAGAAACCAGUUAUUCUCUCUUGUCAAAAGCAUGACCGUGGGUUUGAGCUUGGGACGACCAACAGAAACAUUCGAACCCGGGAGCAUCAGAUUGCGCUUUCCGCCAGGCUGCCUCCUAAUUUAUGUAAUUAUAUUAGUUGUAUUCUUUUAAUCAUUUCAUAAGUAAGCCACCCAUGACCACAGGGACAUAUCGUUACGUAGUUCGCCUGACAGUUAUUUGUAUUUACUUGAAGCUACUUGACUUCGUUAGCGGUAUUUCUCCGGCCUCUUCCGGCCCACGGAACGAAAUAAAACCCUGGGAAUAAAGUUUCUUUUUAAAAGAGAACAACCUUUAGCUUCUAGGGGUGAUGAAUGGUCCAUAAAAAUUUUUAACUGCUCGCAAAAUUUUACCUUUGCUCGAUUUGCUCGCAAAAUUUAAACGAGUGCUGGCUUGCUCGUGCUCCCCCAAUUUUUGCGUUGCUCGCAAGCUCUCUAAGCAAAUUUUUUAUUUCUGCUCGUGCUCGCAAAAAAAUCGCAGUGCUCGGCAUGCUCGCAAAGACCAUUCGUCACCCCUGCUUCUGGCGUCGCAGUGGUAAAAUAACUAACCCCCCAAAAAUGUCUUUAACUAUUUCUUGACUUUUCCUUCAUAAUGAAACAAGCUAUCUUCAAUCCCGCCUUGUUUCUAAUCUUGCAGAGGAUUAACGGUGUCGAGAGGUUUGUAAAGAUCGACGGGUACGACCAUCAUUCUUAUGCGGAGAUCAAGUUGCUAAUGGAGAAUAAGAUCGCUUCACUCGACCCAACCGCCAAGCCUCUACCCUGGGCCCUGUUCUUCGGUUGGGAUUCUGAGUUAAUUCCAGACUUGCCAUUCCUUUCGAAGGACGUCUUAAAUGAUUUUUCAACUGAAAUUCCUAUUUGUGUGAUUGGACAGAGCGGUCACGUGGCCUGGGUGAAUCAAAAGGCUUUUGAGGUGGGUUUUUAAUUAAUGUAUUACAGGUACUCAGUUAAAAAAAAAUGAUCUCAUUUAUUACUUAAUAAUGUUUUUACUGGCAAUUAGAGUUACAAAUAUACUUACGGAAAACGAAAAUGCAUUCGUAUAAACUUCGCCCGCUCACCAUCGAAUUAUUCACCGCUUUCAGACAAAAAUUUGACCGAGUAUAUUUUAUGUGACAAUUUUUAAGCCAUUAAUUAAAGCACUUUUUUGUCUGUAGCUUAAUGUACUUGUGCCAACGAAGACUCAGAAUCGUCACACAAGCGAGGGGAGUCGAGUCUUGACUAGUCUCCUCGCUCGUGUAUUUCUCUAGCCUGUGCCAGGCUCUCAGAUAGUAUAGUGCGGACGUAUUAAAACGAGCAAAGCGAAAAUAAGACGCGCGCGACUUGGAAAAGGGGGCGGUGGCGUUUUUCGCAUUUCUUUUUACUGAACGACUUUUCACCACUAUCUCGAAGCCUCGAACAGGCUAGUAUUUCUCUAGACCUCGGCGGGAAGAAAUAGAUAACCCACUAUGGUUUGCCUGGUCUUUAUUCAAUGUAAGGUUUGUUUCAGAUGGCAGAUUCCUCAGACCUGAUACUUUACCAUCCUCGCAAAAGUAUUUAUUAUAACUAAAGCCUUGAUCUUUGAGUCUAACAAAGAAAGUUGUGUGAAAGGUUUGAACCCAGGAUCUAUAUCAAAAGUCGGUUGAGUUUGAUCAUCCGCGUGAACGUAGUCCUGAAUAGAACCUGUUGUUGUUGACAGUGACUGACGUUUCGACAACCUGUGCGGUAGUCAUCUUCAUAGUCAACUCCCAAGAGAAACUGAAGACAAUGCUUAUGCAAAAUUUUAGAGUGACAAACAAAGAGCAUUAUUGUAUGUUAUGGUAUUUCUGGAGUGGUCAAUUCCCUUUGAUGGGGUAAUUUUGAAGAUAUACAAGCUGAAAAAUAUAUAAGCAUGAGGAUUUGUUUCCUCUGGACUCCGAACACCACAGUCUUUAUAGACAACGAGGUUUUGUAGUUUAUUUGAACGAAUAAGCAUUGAUUAUAAUAAUAAUAAUAAUAUUUGUUUAUUUCCACCAUUCGCAGAUUUCUCUGAAUUACAGGUAGGGUCAGGCAAAGCACUUACAAACAUACAAUUAUACAUAUAAAUAUAUAAAUAUAAAAACAUAAAUAUAAUAAAGCAGUAGUAUGGUAGAAAUCGCAUACACAUUAUUACACAUAGAUUUAUACGGCGAAUAUUUAACUGACACGAAAUCUGAGAACCGGUCAGUUCGGCCGGGUAACACAUGGCCUGAUGGUCCUGACCUCAGUGAAUACGAGGUUUGCGACGAGAUGACCCUGCUGGAUAUUAGGCGGUAAAGCGGGCUAGCGUGCAUAGUUUCCGUCACAAAUUUCUUGCACGCCAGAUGGCGUCUGGCCUCUAGAGACAGAAGCCCGGCACGCGCGAGGGUGUCCUCGUAGCUCAAGUCAGGACCAAAGAUGAUUCGUAGGGCUCUCUUUUGCACUCUUUCUAAAGCCAUGCAGAGAUACUGCGGUAAAUUUGCAAAAACUACCGAUGCAUACUCUAGAACAGAUCUAAGUAGGGAGCAAUACACAGCCACCAACUCCCCAUCUUGCACCCCACAAGCUUUCAGUUUUCUUAGAGCAUAAAGGCGGCGGUUUGAUUUCUUUAUUAUAUAGUCGCAAUGAGUUGAUCGGUGAAAUGAAUCCUCCCUGAAAUCAGGAAUUCUUUGAGAAGCCAAACAAAGCCUGGCUGUCAUUAACCCUUUAAUUCCCAAUAGUGACCAACAUCAAUCUUCUCCUGACAAUAUCCAUACUUUGUCAAGAGAUAAGAUUAUGAGAAUUAAUAAAAUGAUCACCAAAGAGAAAAAGCCCUGAUCUUUUAUAAAAUUACCUAGUCAACUAAUUCUUAAAAGAUUUGCAUAACAAUCAAUUUGGAGAAUUUAUAUUGUAGAUAUUAGGGCUUAAAGGGUUAAAGCCGGCUUAGAAUGAUACAUAAAAACUUUUUCUUUCGCCUGAAGUAUUGUUUACUUACCAAGUUAAAAACGCAGAUGACGAGACAUUCGUCUCUUCAGUGCUUACAUGCGUUCUCCGUAAAAUGUCUUUUGAGGCCUUUGUACUUUGUAGUCGUGCAGGGACGGCAGAGAAAUGUAGGAGAAAAGUGUGAUGCACGUACGGUACAGAGCUAUUUUUUUGCUCAUUUAACCUAUUCCUUUGUUUGAAGUUCUCGUAUACCUUCCGAGAAAAUUUGUGUCCAAACUAAACCCAGCAUUUUAAGUAUUAGAGCGAUUUUCCUAUGACCUUGAAAAACGGUUUCGGUAAGUGUUCGUUACUUGUUUUAUCAGCCAGUGGAUGGAAAGAUCAAAGCAUGGACUCUUCGUUUUCUCGCCAAAGAGAAACCCAAUAUGGAGGAAGCAUUGUUCGAUUGGCCAAUCGUUUUGCAGUAUGACGUCAAAGCGAAGUAUCGGUUGAUUUCUAGAAAAUUCUCAGGCAUAUAAUUAUGAAGUUUUUUCACCGAGCGUUCGCUUAACCAACCAAAAGCCACGCGCGUUUGUAUCCGUUUGAUAAACCAAUCAAAUCGCUCUAUUUCCGUUUGUUUGUUGUUUCUGUUUUCAGGGUUCGCGCGUUUUCAAGGUCAUACAAAAAUCGCUCUCCUGUGGCCCUCAAAUAAUUUUUUUGCCUCUUCCAGAUUGCCGGAGUGGACGACAGCACUGAAGAUCCUUCAGGGUUUGUAAAAGAUGAAAACGGUCAUUUGACUGGGCAAUUAUUUGAGGUCCCUGCAAUGAAGAAAGUCCUCGGAUCCUCACCACAACCAAAAGCUGAUGAAAUGAAGAUGGCAGUCGAGGAACAAUGGAGAGAUUACGCAUCCCGUGGCUUUACCACAGUCACAGAUCUUCUGUUUUGCAUGAAAAGUGACGAUACCGAAGAGACUAAUGUUGCACUUAAUAUUUUAAAGAGGGUAUCAGAGAGUCAAUUUUGCCCAGUGCGAUUAGCAUUAUAUCGUGCAUUAGAUGCCUCAGGUAUGUCGGCAAAACUGUACCCUUGUGUUGUUUUCGUUUGGUGGCUUUGACGUUAUCGGCGGAUGCGUGUGACCGUCUCGUUUUCAUCAAACUCUCAAGGUCAAGUAAUACGGGAAACAUUUAGCUCUCACCAAACACAUCUUUAACCAAUCACAACCCAGGAUUUUCUGCGCUUGCAAGGGGUAAAAGGUGCAACAAUGCUUUACAACUUGCAAUGCAAAACUAUUGCUACAUUUCACGUUCUUGUUUUCCAGUUUUAUGAGAAGAAUAAACUCUCUCCUAACAUUUGGGAUUACAUCCACUGUAGCUCCUUCGUAAAAAUAUCAGAAGAAAACAGUUAUCCAGAGUAAAUCCAUACUUCAAAAAGUACUUCUGCGAUUCAGGGCUUCACCCAUCACCAGUCUCAGAAAAAAAGGCAGAAUCAAGAGAACCAGCUAGGGAUCAUGAGGGCUGGUACACGCAGACUGCCUCUCUAAGUUGGCCAAUUACCAGCUAGUGUUCCACAAGGGUCGACCGUGGCUCUUCCACGUGAUGUUCAGGGAGAAAUAGGAGAGACGUCACCCUUCACACUCUCGUAAAUAUAUUUAAAUAUAUUUCCCUCUGGGUGAGGUUCAAAAGACGAGUCAGAGUUCAGAUAACUCUGGACAAUACAACACAACCCGCAAUUUUAAACGCAAAAGGACAGUGUUCUUCUUAAACAACAGCGCAUUUCAGUCUGUUUAAGAUAGUAUAUAUUUGAAACCUUAUUGGCUAAUUAUAAGUUUUGAGCAAACAAGGAAAUUGUCACCAUGACUCUCGGCCUUUUUUUUAUCUUUAUUCUACAGACCUCUCAACUGCCGGCGGGAAGAUACAACCAACGUUCACGCCAAAUGAUAAUCUUUGGAUAGCUGGAGUUAAGGUCAUUAGUGAUGGCUCACCCCACUGUGGUACAGCUGCGAUAAAAGACCCAUACCUAGAGUCCAAUCUCACCAAGAUCCUCGGAUUUCCACCCGCACCAAAUUAUGGUAAAAUGAACUACUCAGACAAUAAACUAAAGGAAAUGGUCAGUUUUUUUCACCAGCAAGGAACCCAGAUUGCUGUACACGCUCACGGGGAGCGUGCUAUUGAUCAAGUGAUCGAGGCGUAUGAUAAGGUAAGAGGUCUGUCUGCAAUCGAAGGUACGUUAUAACAACCACUGAGCUACUAAAUACUCGAGUCUAAGGGUAGGGAAAUCUUACAAACUGGGUAUGAAAUGGAGUACAAAAAAUACGGGUUUAGACACUGUUAGAUUGUAUACAUAUAGAUAAGGACAUUCUAUAUUUUGUUGCGUAAUAGGGUUGGGCAAGUCACAUAUUUUGGUUUCACACACGGCAAGGGUCUUCGGAGACCCAACUAACUCCCUUACCUCCGGAUGCAGGAUGAGAGAUGUUCCAGGGAAUUGAAUUGCAUUGCCCACCAUCCGGGCAAUUAAUACGUUUCAACGACUGUUAUGCAUAUGGCUCCUGGCGAAGACCUAGUUGUCCGUAGCAUGCUAGGUAAAGACUGAGAGAAAAUACAGCGGGAAAUUCUGAGGUUUUGGCUCCAUUGAAAAUUAAAUCUUUGCAUGUUUUAGGGAAAGUUGAUUCUUCUCGGCAUUCAGUUAGCCUCUCCUAUCGCCAACAAAGUUGACUUAUAUUUUGCACUCAUAUGUGAUGAUUUUAAAAUUGAAGUUAUUUUCCUAUUAAAACAGGUUUUAGACAAGAGUUGUAAAGAUCCUAAUCCAUUACGCCACCGAAUUGAACACCUGGGAUUAUGUACAGUGGAGCAAAUUGAGCAAGCAGCGAAGCUUAACCUGGCUUUGUCUUUCUUUGUGGCCCACCUAUACUUUUACGGAAAAACAUACACUGAACACAUCUUUGGACCAGAGCGCACAAACCGCUGGACACCCCUCUCCGCGGCAACCAAGGUUGGCCUUCGUUGGAGUAUUCACCAGGACCACGCGACCUUUCCAGGCCCCCCGCUUCCCUUUGCGAACAUCAAGACGGCGGUGACUCGCACACAACGAGAUGACAAAGAGAAGGUGUACGGACCAGAAUACCGCGUUACAAUUCACGAGGCAAUGAAGGCAGUAACCAUUGACGCAGCUUGGCAGAUUCACAAAGAUGACUGUCUAGGCAGCUUAAAAGAAGGCAAAAAGGCUGAUUUGGUCAUUGUCUCCGACAAUCCCUACAAGGUAAUAACACUGUUCAGAAAAUUAGAAUGUUUAUCAAGUCACAUUCAUGUAGCGAAGGACGAAAUAUGAGACGAUUUUGACGGACGAGGAAAACGUUAAUUAUUUCCUGGUUAACGGUCGCUGGUCCUCUGUAACAGCAUUACAUUCACAAGCACUUGCAAAUGACUUAAUAUUAGGAAGAUAAGCUGCGGCCAAUUUCCCGGGCCGAGUUGAUCAAAGCUGGGUCAAGAUAACCCAGGUUAGUGAAAGAUUUGAAUCCAGAUUUGAAAGUUUAAAAAUAAUUUCAGUUUUAAUUCGUUUUGCCUACAAGUUGAUGAUUGGAAGCUCUAAAAAGAAACAGAGAAAAUUAUCCAAGAAAAUGGUUUUGAACACAAGAAAAAGAAACCGGGUUAAGCGCUAAUCUCCCCUCCAACAACUGGGCUGGCGGUUUUUAAUCCCGUCUCUUACGCAGAAUCCAUACUUUCUGACCUACCGCUACUCAGGGUCGGGAAUAGGGGGGGUCCUGAUCCCGCAUCCCUAACUUCUGUCGCCUCUACCCGUAAUAUCGUUUUCUUUCCUAAUACCGUAUCCCGUGUCAAGAUUUCGACGAAUCCCGCUUCCCGGGUAGCGGUCUAAUGCGUUGUCCCGAAUUCUGCACUGUAUUUCGGACAAAUCCCGGAUUCUGAGAUGACCCUUCAACCCUCGACCUCACCACUGAAAUUAAGCAAUACAACCUAACAUUUUCCGUGUACGUUUGCAUAGCUAGAUGUAAACAAUCGAGGGGUUGGGAGAAUUCUCGACAGUUAUGCAAAACCCCGAUUUCAUCUCGAGUUUGCAUAACUGUCGAGAAUUCUCCCAACCCCUCGAUUGUUUUAUAAAGUUUUAAAUUGCUUUUAUAAAUUAACUUUCCCUAGAAAAAACGCAAAACUCUUUGUUACCGCUUUGAUUAAAAGAUAAAUUCUCACCAGUCUCGAAGUCUGGUAAACGACGUCUUACUCGCUUAAUCAGUUCUUGUUUUGCAAAUAAGAUGCGAAGCUUCUUGAGUGCUCUACAAACUUUCCAAGUGCAUCCAUAACUCGAUAAACGCACAGCUAAAAGCAUGAACCAAUUCUUUUAUAAGCAUAGCUAACAAAAACGCUUGCUUAUUGGUUAACUGCAAAAUUCUCUUUACAAGGCCUCACAAGAUUGGCUGUGAAAACAAUAGACAUAGAAAUACAACAAUGACUCUAUCCGUAAAACAAUGGAGCUGCGUGUUAUGGAAAACCAGUGAAAUUAGAAGUUUUUAGAGCUGAAUACUAUCCCAAAUUCUCGUAACGUGCCGCCCGGAAAAACAAAUGCUUCUUAUCAGCUGGUUACAAACACCCCACCAAUCGUCCAGUUUGAAGGAAAAUUCUUUUUCUCAAACUAACAGUGAAAAUUUCUUAUUUAUUCGUUAACGUUCAAUGGAAACUAAGUAGAAACAAAGGUAAAAUAGUCUUAAAUUCCACCUAAAGAUAAAAUAUAACACUCAAAUGUUCGUAAGAAGACGUGGAGUAUGGUUUGGCCCCACUCUUUCAAAACUUGUUUACGUUUUGCUCGGCGAAAUCCAGAAAACAAAGAACUUAUUUUUUUAGCGAAGACGACUGUCAUGCCACGUUAAACUUAUCUUUUCAUUUACGAACAAUGGAAGAAAUCUUACAUGAACUGGUCAUUAAGGCUUCUUGAGGGGACCAGGCAGCAGUUGUUUUUGCGAUUAAUAAGCUUAAAUUUAUGUCUUGUUGUUUAAUUUGCCUUGUUACUGCAAGAGAAGUCUUCCUGUCUCAGCCAGAUAGUUCGGCUAUAACAAAAGUGCAUAAGGCUAGCUUAAUUUUUCGCUAUUACUUUAUAAUUAAGCUUAUUUUGUUUUCAAGAGGAUCAACGAACGUUAAAAACGGGAAGGCACUUUACGCAAAUUAGAUAUUUCCCGACAGAGACAAGUUUGUGGUCUCUUUCCGGCUGAAUAUCACUCUUUAUGGCAGACUUUUCAAUGAAGAGGUGGUAUAGUAUUUGCGAAACCGCUUCACCGUUUCACUGCUUUUGCUGUUGGUCUGACUGGCUAGAAGCUCAAUCCCAAAAAAGCACUAGAAAGUUCUUAAUCAUUGCCGUUGAUUUUUGAACACUUAGUUGUGAAAAAGAAACGAAAAUCCAAGUUGAUAGACAAGUGAACUCGUCAUCAUGAAAAAAAAAAAUCUUCGUUUUCGCACUUAGCCUGAAUUUCAUCCGAUUACUUCGAGUCGUUAUUACUCCCUCAGUAAUAAGUUUCACUUUUACUCAUACAACUGUGACCGAACACAAACGCGCGAUGUUCGUGCUCAAUUAGCGCGGUGAAUAUAACGUCAUAGUCCGAGAUAGCUAACCAAUCAGAUUGCUUGAAUUACCAAGAUCACUGAGUGUGUAUAUACUGAACUAAUAUACUCGUUUUUUCUUUCUUUCUUUCCCUUUUUUUUUUUUUUUUUUUGGGUCAAAAGGUGAAUCCGUUCAAGUUGGAAGAUAUCGAAAUCCUAGACACCUACAUGAAUGGCCGGCGGACAAAAUGUAACCUCACCACAUGAG